AUGGACCCUGUCUCGAGGGCAGCAGCGGCGUCAGGCGGCGUCGAAGAUUCCCGUGCCGGAAUGCCGACCGAAUCCUCCGCAUGGCGAAGGCCAACUGAAGACCCUUACGAGGGGAAGGGUCUCUUUUAUCGGGACGACGACGACGGCAACGACAAGGACGAGCACUACAGCAAGCCACUCGAUGACGCGCCCGACGAGAAAGCAACAAGGCGGCCCGUCAAGGGCUCAUUUAAACAAAUAUCGGGCUGGGAGAUGGGAACCACGGUGCAUUCAGAACGCGCAUCGUUGGAUCCGAGGCUCGAGAAACCAGAGAAUCUAGAGGCCCCCGCCAACGAGUCACCUCUGCGGACACGCGCAAAGUCCCUGGACAAGGGGGAAGCAAUCAUGCCAGCCGGUCGGUGGUCAAGAACUUCCGGGCCUGAGUUGGACUACGACGCCGUCUGCCGGCCCUCCAAGAGACUAGAAAUGGCGCUGAUGGCUAUGUCGACCACCGGGGGCAUGCUGAUGACGCAGUGGCGCUGGCCCCGAUACGAGAAUCUGGCCAUGGGCAACGGCGGGGAUCUCCUGCGAAGUGGUGUCCACGACAUUCAGCCCCUCCAUCAUCCAUGGCAAAGCCACCCUCAAUUCGCCGACCUUCUCGACCACCCCAGCGUCCUGCUUCUGGGUAUCCUGACCAACUUCGCCGCCCUCACGCUCUACUACUACCUCCAUCGCGGCGAGAAGUACCAGGACGUCCUCCUGAUUGCCGUCGUCGGUUCCAGCGCAGGGCUAGGGUUACUCCUAGGUCUCGACGCCUCAGCCGUACUGCUCCGGGUCACGCCCUGGGCCGGAAUACUCGCCCUAUUGACGAGCACGUACGGAGUGGGAGUGAAUUAA